AUCAGCAACUAGUCAGAUAUGUGCCGAGUAUGUUUGAGUCAGAGGAUGGCCACACAUAUAUUUGUAAGCAUUGGCAUACAUCACUUUAUCAUCUUUAUCAGCAUAUGAUGCAUUUUCGAGAUGUGUCAUAUCGUCCUGAUCUUGCCAAAAUUUUAUCAUUUAUUUAAUUUCUAAACAUACAAUUAAAUCCAUUUUAUAACUAAUUAACACAACUUCUUAACCCUGAUCGCCUCACAAAUUUACAUAUCCGACCAUGGACAACAACAAUAUUCCCACCAAGUUGACCCUGAUACCACGAUCCGAGUGGGGUGCCCGAGACCCACGAGAAAUCCAAGAUUUAGUUCUCCCAGUACCCAAAGUUAUCAUACACCACUCUUUAAUGGGAGGAAAUGAGUGUCACUCCGUCUCAGAUGAGUUCACUCUCGUCAAAAAAAUUCAAGAUUUCCACAUGGACAAUGAAAACCGGAAGUGGAGCGAUAUCGGAUACUCGUUUUUAGUUGGACAAUCCGGCACAAUUUUUGAAGGUCGUGGAUGGCACAGGGUUGGAGCUCAUUCUUAUGGAAAUAACUCCGUUAGUGUUGGAAUUUGUUUACUGGGAGAUUUUACAGAUAUUCUUCCUCCACCAGAACAAUUGAACUCUGUCAAAACUUUGAUAGAAUACGGAGUAGAGAAUUGUUACAUAAAAGAUGACUAUUUACUAUUUGGACAUCGCGACGUCAGAAAUGGGACGGAAUGUCCUGGGCAACUUUUUUAUACCAAAGUACUUUCUACCUGGUUGAAUAAAGCCGUGGCAAAACCGGAUGAAAUAUUUUAACUAUACGAAAUAAUUAAAAACUAAAUUAAAAGUAUUGUAGAUAAACUACACUAAAAUUACUAAUUGUUACGAAAACAUUUUCUUAAUCAUGAAAUACUUGAAA